AAGUCUCUUGUCACUCCUCUCAAUACAGCUCCAGAUCAGGACCAGGACCAAUACAGCUUUGGGCCGCCCGUGGACAUUUCUGUUUACAGUGAGAGUGAAUGGAAAGGGCAGACCACCAAGAGCAUCGUCAUCAGAAAAGGCUACGCUGUGCUCUCCCACAGCUUUGGAUUCCUCCGGCGGGUCAAAGGUGACAACUACUGUGCCCUGCGAGCCUCCCUCUACCAGGCGCUGAUGCACACCACCAAGCCUCCUUGCUGGCUGCAGCAGAAGAGCAUCUUAUUGAUCCCUGAACAGCUCGAGUCUCGGUAUGGUCUGAUUAAAGGCUGGCUGUUCCCUGACAUGUGCAAACACACGGGUGGGAUCGAAAAGUCUGUGGGUCUGCUGAAAUGCUAUCUGCGCCUUCUCCAGAAUUGGUGGCAUGCUGCGGCAGCCUCCCAUGGGGUCGAAGGUCGCAGGAGUGUGUGUGAGCAGCUGUUUCAGGGCGGAGAAGACGAGUUCGGUGUCAUAGAGGCACUCAAGCUACUCAUGCUAGCCCAUGCCGUGGACUUGCAUACAGCCAAACAGAGGGGCGACAACUUGCCAAUUUUCUGCUGGCUGCUAUUCGCCCGCGAUACCUCCUCGUCUCCACGCUCGUACCUUGCCAACCACCUGAGUCAGGUUGGCUUCAGCAGAGGCAUGGAGCAGGUAGACAUGUUUCUCCUGAGUUGCGCAAUGCGCCACACCAUCAAGGUCUACCGCCUGCACAUGGCGGAAACAGAGGAGUUCAUCUCAUUUUACCCAGAUGACAGCAUUCAGGGCAGGCACUGUGUCUGCCUGCUAACCGAGGACGACCGCCAUUAUGACGUGGCAUUUGGCAACCCUGUCUGUGCUGAAGAGGACCUCUCUGAAGAAUCUGACUGAUUGGCCAACCAGCUAUUUUGCUGCUGCUUGAUUGUUGACUCAAGUAAUCAACGUCCAAUCAUGGCUAACUCAGGAUACAAUAUCUCACA